CCGUCCCGGCCCGUCCCUGCCCGUGAAUGAAAGUUGUCGGCCCCGAUUUCCGCUCCGGGGACUCGAACCGUCAUGUUAAGAUAAAGCAGAGAAGCUCAGUGCUGAACAUGCUAAAGAGGUUAGACAAAAUAAGGUUCAGAGGUCACAAGAGAGAUGACUUCCUCGAUCUAGCCGAGUCUCCGAACGCUUCAGACAACGAGUGUGGGGAUGAGCUUCCCCUGAAGAUCCCCCGGACGGCUGCCAGAGACCAUGAGGAGCUGAGAGAUCCCGCUGGUACGGGGACCAUCAUCAUGGCGUCAGGGGUCCAGGAUUUUAACCGAACCGAGUCGGACAGAUUAAACGAGAUCAAAGGUCACCUGGAAAUCGCCUUACUGGAAAAACACUUUCUGCAGGAGGAGCUGAGGAAGCUGAGGGAGGAGACCAACUCAGAAGUCCUAAAGCAAGAACUGGAAAAGGAGCGGCAGAGGAGAUUAGAGCUAGAACAGAAAUUCCACGAAGUUCUGAAGGCAAGAACGGAGGAGCAGACAGCCCCGCAGCCACAGCCCGCGAAAGGACCGGCCCAAGUCAACAACGGAACAGAUAAACGCAGUCAGAGGAUGUGUUCGCGAGUUCAAAAGUGGUUCUACGAGAAAUUUGGGGAGUAUGUGGAAGAUUUCAGAUUCCAGCCUGAAGAGAACACCGUGGAAACCGAAGAGCCCCUCAGUGCCAGAAGAUUAACUGAAAACAUGAGACGAUUAAAGCGAGGUGCCAAGCCUGUUACUAAUUUCGUGAAGAACCUCUCCGCCUUAUCAGACUGGUACUCUGUCUACACUUCUGCUAUUGCCUUUAUUGUCUACAUGAACGCCGUGUGGCAAGGCUGGGCCAUCCCCAUGUUCCUCUUUUUAGCGAUUCUGAGGUUGUCCUUGAAUUACCUCAUAGCCAGGGGCUGGCGGAUACAGUGGAGUAUCGUCCCUGAAGUCUCAGAAGUCGUGGAACCUCCAAAGGAAGAUCUGACGGUUUCAGAAAAGUUUCAGCUCGUACUAGAUGUAGCACAAAAAGCCCAGAACCUGUUUGGCAAGAUGGCCGACAUCCUGGAAAAAAUCAAGAACUUGUUCAUGUGGGUCCAGCCAGAAAUCACCCAGAAGCUAUACAUUGUCCUGUGGGCCGCUUUCCUCGCAUCCUGCUUCUUCCCCUACAGGAUCGUUGGACUUGUCAUGGGACUCUAUGCCGGAAUCAAGUUCUUCCUCAUCGAUUUCAUCUUCAAACGCUGCCCCAGACUGCGAGCUAAGUACGACACCCCCUAUAUCAUCUGGAUGAAUUUACCCACCGACCCUCAGCUCAAAGAACGGUCCCUCGCCGCUGUGUCUCGGAGGCUGUCAGGGCAUGAAAAGCUCCAGACGGCAUCAUCACGGAGCUACGUAGGCGCCAGCGCCCCGCCGGGCAUGAGCAAGGAUGAAGACACGGGUCGUUUCCACGGUACCAAAAAGGGCAACUUCCACGAGAUCUUUAACCUGACGGAAAACGAGCGGCCUUUGGCAGCGUGUGAAAACGGUUGGCGAUGCUGCUUAAUUAACAGAGACAGGAAGAUGCCAACAGACUACAUCAGGAACGGAGUUCUCUACGUGACAGAAAAUUAUUUAUGCUUUGAAAGCUCGAAAUCUGGCUCAUCAAAGAGAAAUAAAGUUAUUAAAUUAAUGGAUAUUACAGACAUUCAGAAGUACAAAGUGCUGUCUGUUCUUCCCGGGUCGGGCAUGGGGAUUGCAGUCUCUACACCGUCCACACAGAAACCGCUAGUGUUCGGUGCCAUGGUACACAGAGACGAAGCUUUUGAGACCAUUUUCAGCCAGUACGUGAAGAUCACAUCGGCAAUAUCUGGCGGCGAAAGCUAGUAUCCACCUGCUGGAGAUCUGAAAGACUUUGGGGUUUGCUUGGUUUUUUGGGCGGGGAGAGAGUUGGGGGUUUUUGGUUUGUAUUUUUUUUACAAUUUGGUAGUGGGAAAAAAAGAAAAAAGAAAAUUGGACCUCCGUACGAUCAAUCUCUUUUGCAAUAAUUUUCCUUUUUCCAUUGUUCCUAACCUCUGCUACUAUGUAAGCCUAUUUUAUACAGGCCUUCCUGUUUGUUUUUAGGGUGUUUGUAAAAGUGCUUUCACCACUCUUCGCCUUGCACAGCGAGCACUUUUAACGUUAAUUUUCCGACAUCGAAGGCCGGGAAGAUCCUCGGAGAGCCAACGGAGCGUGGCCGAACCGGCACCCGAUCGCGGUUUCCCUUUUCUGAAGCCAAACACGCUUCCGUGAAGGAGUUAAGCUGAGAAGGUGCGCAUCGAGCAGCUGAGAACGUGAACCCCAAAGCCAACGGUCAGCCCGGGCCUCUCGGUCGGGGGUCGUCCUGCUUCCCUGGACUCUGCGUAGCCCCUCGCUGUCGACCUGGGGGCGUGGAGAAAAGCGAAGAUAUAAAAGAAGGUGCUAAUUCCCCGUGAAGUGUAUUCACAUUUCUCCGGGCAGUCCUGGAACGACCCUGGGUCAGGUGGAGAGGAUAAUAAUGGUAUUUGUUAAGCGCUUACUAUGUGCUGAGCACUGUUCUAAGCGCUGAUGGCAUCUACACUGGACGGGGACGGUGGGGAAACUGUGGAAAAGGUGACCAGAGUGAAGACACGCGUCUUCGUGUGUAGGGGUGCUUUGAGGGCCUCUUGUCAGCAAUCUCGCCAUCCCUAACGAAAGAAUCAAUCAGUUGUAUUUAUUGAGCACUUACUGGGGGCGGAGCACUCGGGAGAGCACGAUACAGCGGAGUUGGUAGACGCGUUCCCUGCCCACUGCCAGCUGACAGUCUAGAAGAAGGAACUCUUGCCAAAUAAAGACAUAUUGUGAGUUGAGUCAGAACCUCUCCCAGGCAAGGCCCAUUUCCUCUCUUUCUCGCCCCCGUUACCUUCCAUUUUCCUUCUCGGGUGGCAGCUGACCGACGGCCAGUUAGCUCGUCGCGUUUGACCACCGGGAAGGAACUCAGUCUGAGGGGGUUCGGGCCAGGGUGACACCCCCCCGUCUCCCCAGCUUGGUUACCGAUGGAUGGAUUCGUUUCGGGCCAGCAGUGGCCGACUUUGGUGCCGUUUCUGCCGUAAUCCCACCCACAAGGAGGUUCUUUCUCCCAAACCUUCCCCGGAGGCAGCCUCCACCCCCGUUACAGCUCUCGAUUACCUUACGUUUGCUUCGCACCAGAGGAGAUUUACCAUCAGUCAGAGAAUAACUUGACCCUUAAGGUCGAGGUGUCCGCGUUGACUCCGUUGAAAAUCAGUCGUAGUUAUUGAGCACUUACUGCGUGCAGGGCACCGUGCUAGACACUUGUCGGAUCAUCCCCUCAAAGCAGGGCCGGUCGCGAGCAGGAGCUUGGAAGUGGCCAUUCCGGGUUUCUUGGCGGCGGCCGGGGAAUCUUGCAGCUGUGGAAGGGGAUUUCGCCCAAUGGGCCGACGACCGCGUUCGGAGGGAGGGCGGCCUCCGGGCUGCAGAGGUCAAGCUUGGCAGUGCCAGCCCCUGGUUGGCAGCGGUUCGAGAGGUACCCUCAGGUCUCACCCACAGCAAGCUCAGCGCAGGGACUGGGAGGGGACUGGGGUGACCUGCGCCGACCCCCGAAACCACCAGCUUUAGCUUCCGACCUCCUGGUAUUUCCGCUGACACGGGGCCGUUCUAGGCAGCUGCCGGUUAAAACCGGUGGUCUAGUCACUCCGGAAAGGGGGCGGAUGUUUCCUGGGAAUGUGGAAGGGAUCCCUCCCAUCCUGAAGAGACACCGCUGGUUGAACCAGGAUGAUUCUACGGCACUGUGGGCCAGCCCUCAGAAGUUAUCUCGGGCACCACAGAGAAACAGGAUUUAGAGAAAGAAGUUUCACCCCUGGAGUCUUCUAAAACCGUCUCGGCCUACAGAAAACUAAGAGCUAACCAUCUCAACUCUGGAUCACCCAGUAUUUCUUUGGUUGUACUUCAAAACCAACAGCCAGUGUUUGAACUCAUGCCGCCCUGUUGCUUUUUCUCCCGAAGGCGGCGGAUCAUGUUUUCCAUUUUCAAGAGGCUGCUCGGAGGGGCUAAAUCAUCGAGGUGAAUCUUGUCGAGCGGUGAUAUGAGCAUUAAAGUAGCUUAAUGUCUCGUUCAUCUCUAAAAGCAUCCGUCACCCCUUCAGCCUGUCUUGAGUCCUUUGGGUGUUUGUGAGAUCGUUGGGGUUUUUUUUUUGUUUUGAAGAAACAGAAAAUUAUAUUUUUUACAGAGAGCAAGCAGUUUUUCUUAUUUUUGUAUCAUUUUUGAAUGGAAUUUUUACCUUUCACUCUGGCUUGGUGAGAAAUGGGGUAACUGCACUUACCGCUUCCUUCCCCAACCAGUCGCUUUAGAGUCGUCUCCACUUCUGGAAAAGCCUCACUCUUCCUGCGCGAACGACAGCUGUCGCAAUUAAGCGCAUUCCCUCCAAGCCUUCGUCUUUCCCUUUUCCCCAGCCGGGGUUCGGGAAAGCGAACGCGUUCGGCCGGAACGAUUCCCGAGUCCGCAACAGAGAGGUCGCUCCGGGUGUGGUCCUUCGCGAUGAACCCGCACUUUAGCCGGGUGGACCUAGCUUACGGACCACAGCCGCCUCUCCAACUGCCUCCCGAUUCCGCGCUGCCCUUCCGAACUGGAUUUCCCAGGAAUCUGGUCCUGCUUUGUGCUACUAGAAGGCGCAGGUCCGAGGCCCAGUCCAUCCUAAGGAAGGCCAGAGGAGCGACCGGGCCGGCAUCGGACAGAGGGCUCCGGGAAGGACGUCGGUUCGGACCACCGACGUCUCGAUUUUCCUAGGCCUGAGGCGGGGCCGCCCGGCGCUUCCCCCACGGCGCAUUCCCGGUCCUUGGCGGCCCGGACGGUCCCAUCCCAUUCUGUCCUUCCCGUUUCCAGGGUGAUUCGUGCCACUUAGCAAAAAGUGUUAGUUUCCCUAUCGGCCUCUGGGACGGUCGCGUGGGGGGUGGAUUUAACUUCUUUCAGAGAAGUGAAGUGGUCAGUUUGAGUUCCUUUUAACGAGAAAGGGAGAUGAAAACUGACCACACUCAAAUGGGAAGAGCGGGGAGCGGGAAGCUCCAGUCGGGACUUUCAGGGCAGUUAGCGGGAGGAAGAGACGAACCCAGAGUCCUGAACGCACACUCGCCCACGGAAGAACCUUACUGAAAAGUCCGCCCCGACCAACAGGAAUCACGUCCUCCCCAAGCCCGGGAGGUGGAACUGUACAUACUUCGGGGCGACUCCGCCCUGCAGAGAACUUGUAGUUUUUAUCGAAUUAUGUAAAUUUGGGCAGAUAUUUCAUUUCUAUGACCAAUCGUUGAAAUGGAAUGGGCGUUCAAUUUUUUUAUGUCUGAAUCCGUUUGAAUCUGUAAAUAGUCAUUGCCGGCGUGACUUCUCUUCAGCAAAGGAAUUGUUCUGUGUGAAGGAUUGGAGGGAUGACCCACGAAAAGGAUGCCCUGUACGUUUUUUUAAAAAAACCAACAACUUUGUUU